AUGCCCAAACCAGAAAAGGUUGGUUUCGGCCAGUUCGUCAAGAAUUACUUCGGAGAUCGCUACAAGCAGUUCAAUAACGCUUAUGGCGAAACCGUUGGUGACAUUUUUGCUUUCCCCUUUAAGAUUCUCUUCACUCCGUUAACUCUUGCAUUCGACAUUGCUGGUUCUGCACCUCGUGGCUUUGGUGUCCCUGAACUCGCUUCUAAACUAUCCGCCGCUUCUGUUUUCGCUGUUGCUACUUUGGGGACUUAUGACAUUGCAUUAAAUUUGGGAAGGAAGGUUAUAUGUCAAAGGAACUGUGGGACAUGUAAUGGAUGGCAGGCCUUGCGGUGUACCAUGUGUCGAGGAAGUGGAAGGGUGCACUAUCAAGUGAAGAAUUGCACCUUGAAGAGCGGAGAGAAAGCGACUGCUGAGUCUGUUGCAGAUGCCAUUGUCAACAACCGGGCUGAGUUAGUGCAUAUACCAGCCUCGUUGGAUCCUCAGAUACCAUUACCAUCAAAAGACUGUCCAAUUUGCGAUGCAACGGGUGUAAUGGGCUGUCCUGAAUGCAAAAACAAACUACCAUUUAAGAUUUCAGCAGAUGGUAUUAUGGAGCCCCCGUGGCAAGCUUUAAAUGUUUUGCAAAAGAUGGAUUAUCCAUAUGAGCACAUAAGGCACAGCAUGAAAGAUCCCAGUAUUGCUGCAUUUUGGUUGAUUACGUAUCCACAGAUUAUGUAUGGAUUUACCUAUGAUGAUAAUGCAAAGCAGUCAAUAUGGUCAGAGUAUAAGGAAUCUAGGCGGUACGAUCAACUACGAGAUGAGGUGGCCAAGAGGAAACCAGGAUGGGAGUUUCUGCAGGAUGCCUUGAUAUCUAUAGAUCCUGACCGAGCAAGGGAGGAUCCUGUCAUAGUUAAAAACAUCCCUUACUAUAAGGCUAAGAAAGCGCUGGAGGAAGAGGUCAUGAAGCUUGAUCCUCCACCAAGACCAUCAAAUUGGGGUGAGCUUGACCUUCCAUUGAGUUCAUCAUCAUGGGGCGAGGAGGAUCUCAAAGAUCCAGAAAAAUUUCAGGAAAUGACUGUUCUUCUCAAAGCUCAAAGAGAAAUCUCUGAAAACAUAUUGAAUGUACAGUGGGAAACUAAAUGGCGUCAAGAAAAGGUGAAUGAGCUGUUGGAAGAAAAGGUGCAGCCAUUCAUUCAGAAUAUAGACAAUGAAGUUCUUUCUGAGCCUAUUUUAUUAAAACCAAAAAAGCAAAAGAAUCGUCGGAGGUGGUUCUUCUUUUGA